GGGAAAGAACCAUAUCACACACACAAAACACACGCUACGUCCCCCACUCCCAUCGUGCCGGCCUCGAACUUUUAUCUCUCUCUAGAAAGGAAAAGAAAAGAAGAGACAAAUUUCCAAAAACGAAGAAAACGGUUUCCUUCACUUUUUUUUUUAUUAAAAAAAAUGGUUACGCUCUGGCUUUGAAAUUCCAACAAUGGCUCGCAAUUCAACAGUGAGAGUGUCAUGCAGAGUAGAGAGGCAACAGCAACAAAGUCAAAUUACUCCUCUCCAUGGAUCUUCUUCAUCUUUCUCUUCGAAUUCGAGAAAUGGAGUUCACGACAAAAUUAUAGUAACUGCAACCAUUCUGUUCGCUCUAAGGCUCCUUCCAGACGCUCUGUUACUCCUACUUUCUUGUUAUUUCGGAAGAAAAAAAAUUCAAAAACCGGAGAGGAGUGUUUUUUCUUUUUUGAAUUCUAAAAUAUUUGAUUAUUUUUAUUUAUUGUGUUAAUGACAGACAAUGGAAGAGUGAGAGUAGCUGCAAGGUUACGGCCAAGGAAUGCAGAAGAACUCAUUUUAGAUGCCGAUUUUAAUGAUUGUGUGGAAUUACUACCUGAGUUGAAGAGGUUGAAAUUGAACAAAAACAAUUGGAGUUCUGAAUCUUAUAGAUUUGACAAGGUUUUUACUGAAACUGCUUCUCAAAAGCGCGUUUACGAAGCUGUUGUGAAGCCUGUUGUUGUUGAGAGUGUGUUGAGUGGGUAUAAUGGGACAGUUAUGGCUUACGGUCAAACAGGUACCGGAAAAACUUAUAAGGUUGGGAAACUGGGCAAAGAUGAUGCGGCGGAGCGUGGUAUUAUGGUCAGAGCUCUUGAGGAUGUACUUGCUAGUACGAUACUUGGUUCUGAUGUUGUGGAGGUCUCCUAUUUGCAGUUGUAUAUGGAAUCUAUACAAGACUUGCUUGCACCAGAAAAGACUAGUAUCCCUAUUAAUGAGGAUGCAAGGACUGAGGAAGUAUCAUUGCCUGAUGUCUCAGUAGUUAAGGUUCAAGAUCUCAAUCAUUUUUCAGAACUGCUACAAAUUGGCGAGGCAAACCGUCAUGCUGCUAAUACAAAGCAGAAUACUGAAUCUUCCCGAAGUCAUGCAAUUCUAAUGGUUCAUGCACGGAGAUCCAUAAAUCAAAAGGCAGGAGAUGAAACCGUUUCUCAAGAGAAAGAUGUGAAAAGUAAUUUAGUUGGUGGCAAUGGGUUACCUAGAGUACGGAAAAGCAAGUUGCUGAUUGUGGAUCUUGUUGGAUCUGAAAGAUUAGACAAAUCUGUGAAGGUCACUUGCUCAAAGAGGCUAAGUUUAUCAAUCUUUCUCUUACUUCCCUUGGCAAAUGUAUAAAUGCAGUGGCAGAAAACAGUCCACAUAUACCCACAAGGGAUUCUAAGUUAACCAGAUUGUUGCGUGAUUCAUUUGGAGGUUAGCCCCAACAGUCUUUAUUUUCUGCUCCUUUUCACUUAAUCCCUUUGUUCUCCUUCCAAAUUAAAUUUUACGAGAUUACAGCAACAGUUUCUAGUUUCCCUUAUUUUGACAUAUCAACGCGUGGUGUUAUAACGUUUUCCCAGGUCAAAUAUUAGUAGAAAGAGGCUGAGCAUUGCCUCGCUAUAUUCUUUCCUUACCUAAGGAGAACUUAUUUCUGAAAUUUAUUUUAGAAUUCUCCUUUAUGUGUUGUGACACAUCGGUCCUGUUAUUUUUUUUUGAAUUCGUACUGAUGCUCAAGUGCAUCUACCACAUUUUGCUAGUAUUCUUUUAUUUUUGAUAAAUUUCUUAUGGAAAUUCAUAAUCACUUUCAAUUAAACAAGCUCUGCAAGGACUUCACUGAUAAUAACGAUUGGGCCAUCUGGACGACAUCAUGCAGAGACCACUAGCACAAUCAUGUUUGGGCAACGGGUGAGUCCUAUAAAGAAUCAAAUUGAGUAUUCUAGAAUUCUCUUGUGAAUAGUGAACAUGGUGAAACUUAAAGAAGAAUUUGACUAUGAAAGUUUAUGUCGGAAGCUUGAGACUCAAGUGGACCAUCUUACUGCAGAAAUAGAAAGGGAAAAGAAAUUGAGAGAGUGAAAAGUUUGACUUGGAGAAACAGCUUAAACAAUGUGAAGUUUCUUUUUCUGAAGCAGAAAAGAAUCUAGUCACAAGGUCUGAGGUAGUUGUCUCUCCUGUGAUUGUGUAUCAUUUUUGUUUCUGAAGUAAUCCCUAGGGUGGGUUUAGUUUCUCUUGAUAUGAUCAACCAGCUUAUGUACCGUUUAUGAAGUGAUUGCUGCUGUAUCUAAGUGUUCAUUUCAAUGUAUCUUAUAAUUUCCUAGCUAAUAUCUUCUAUUGGCUUCCAGUUUCUACAGCAGGAAAAUAUUCGUCCAGGGCUGGAGAUGCAAGACAUCGCAAAUGAAUUGGAGUCUCAAAAAGGCUGUAAUGAUUUAACAUGUGAAAAUUUCUCGGCUAUAGCUUAGCUUAACAAGUAGCCAGGUUUGUCCCUCUUCCACGAUCAAUUUAUAGCUUGUUGGCCUCAGCCUUUUCUUUUCUGUUCUUUAUUCUUUUUUUUGGUGGCGUGUGAGUAUACAUGUAAAACAUAUUUGACGACUAUUUAUACUUGUGUUAUCCAACAAAUACUGUCCUUGUGCAUCUAUCAUCCAAGGAUGACUCACCUUGUAAUAAACUUAGCAAGUUUACUUGGACUUGCCAUGAUGAUUUUGAAUUCUAGACUGCUCACUGCUUUA